GGGUAAACAAAAAAAGCUAGGCAAGUGGGCAGGCAAACAGAGCGGAGAUCUGUUUGGUCUGAAAUGGGAGAGGCAGUGGCGAUCGAUGAUGUGGUCUAUUAGAAAAAUCCUAGAAAGGAUAAAAAAAAUGAUUGAGGAGGGGAAUCGAACCCCAUACAUCAGGGUGAAGAAAGGUUUUGAAAGCACGCACACUACCGUUCCGCAGCUCCAAUCUUUAAGUUGAACUCUAGCUUUUAUUGUUAAUAUAACUUAUUAAUUAAUUUUAUAAGAAAUAUAUAUAAUAUAUAUAGGUACUUUUGGAAGUUCACGGGGUCCCGGGACCCCGUGGGACCCUUAGUGGGUCCGCCACUGCUUGUAACUCGGUUACUGUGAUAAGGGUAGAUAGUAAACUUUUAGGAAAACGUAUUUCAUACGUGACUAGAAGUGAUAUCCGGUUCAGCCAUAUUUCACACCCUUAUAUUUCACUAUUUUCAUCCUCCCGUUCUAACAAUCUAAAAGUUUACUAAUCUGAAAGUAUGGCCGCUACUCAACGUGAUAUCAUCAACACCAAUUUUCAAAAAUUGGAAAAAUUUGAAGGUGUGGAGUUUCGAAGGUGGCAGAAAAAGAUGCAUUUUCUGCUCACCACUUUGAAAGUGGUCUAUGUGUUAAGCACCCCGAGGCCGCCCGAGGAAGAUGAAAAUGAGACUUUGGAAACAAGCCGCCGCCGCAUAAAGUGGGACAAUGAUGACUAUAUCUGUCGUGGACAUAUUUUGAAUGUUUCAAAAUGGUGGACUCCCGUUCGGUCAUGGAGCAAUUUCAUGAAAUUCAACGUGUAUAUGAUCAACUUUUGAUACACAACAUGCAUGUCAAUGAAACCUUUGUUGUCGGUUCUAUAAUCGACAAAUUACCCCCUUCAUGGAAGGAAGUGAAAAAUAGCCUCAAACGCAAAAAGGAGGAUUUGUCAAUGGAGCAACUUGGUCGCCGACUUCAAAUUGAAGAAGGCAUUAAGUUGCGUGAAGGUGACAAUGGUAAAAAGAGCGACCUUCCAAUUUCCUCUAUAAAUGUUAUGGAGGAGGGACAUUCAAGUGGGACUAAGAAAUAUAAAAAACGUCCCGGGAAAUUCACCAAAGGUUCCAAGUUUCAAAAGAAGCCAAAAAAUAAGAAAGUAGGCUCUUGUUGGAAAUGUGGCGGUCCACACUUCAAGAGGGACUGCCCGAAGGUGAAGAAGAAGGCCCAACCGAACGGCCAUCCUAACGGUGGCCAAGACAACCAAGAUCGACACCGGAGCGACAAGGCAUGUAUGCAAAGAUAGGCAAGCCUUUAAGACUCUAAAAGAGUUGGAAGAAGGGCCGAUCUUAUACAUGGGAAAUGAUUCUACUGUGCAAAUUCAAGGAAUUGGCCAAGUAGAGUUGGAAUUAACUUCCGGAAAGAAAUUAAUUCUUAAUGAUGUGUACUUUGUACCACAAAUCCGGAAAAAUCUUGUCUCCGGUGGCAUCCUAAAUAACUUUGGGUUUAAACUUAGCUUUGAAGCAAAUAAGUUUAUUUUAUCUAAGGGUGGUGUAUUUGUAGGCCAAGGUUUCUUUUGUAAUGGCAUGUUCAAACUAAGUGUUGUAAAUAAAGUGAUUAAUUCCGUUUAUAUGGUUUGUGAUUCAUCUUUGUGGCACAAUAGGUUAUGUCAUGUUAAUUAUCGUAGAUUAAGUGACAUGUCUAAAGUAGGAUUAAUUCCUCCUUUUAAUAUUAACAUAGAAAAAUGUAGAACUUGCAUGUUAAAUAAAAU